AUGGAUGCUGAUUUGUACGACGAGUUUGGGAAUUACAUUGGUCCGGAGCUGGACUCUGAUGAAGAUGACGAGGAAGAAGAUGACGACGAUUACCCCGACCAAGACCAGGACAUGAAUGGCUAUGAUGAUGACGAUGGAAUGGCAGGGGAAGAGGAGGAGGUGUCUGCUCAGGCAGUUGUACUACACGAGGACAAACAAUAUUACCCUAGCGCGGCAGAUGUAUAUGGGCCUGAGGUGGAAACCAUCGUUCAGGAAGAAGAUGCUCAGCCACUGACGCAGCCUAUAAUAAAGGUUCACAAAUCAGAAGAGCAGAGUGAUUUUGUGUAUAUGAUAUUAACAAUUUUGUCAUUAUUACAGCCUGUGAAAGUGAAGAAAUUCAGCCAUGUUGAGAAGGAUCUGCCAACAACCACUUACAAUUUGGAAUUCUUAGCAGAUCUCAUGGACAAUCCAUGCUUGGUUCGCAAUGUCUCGCUGGUAGGCCACCUUCACCAUGGUAAAAGUACCUUUGUUGACUGUCUUAUUCAUCAGACCCAUCCUGAAUUCAGCUGA